AUGGGGUGCCCAGCGAGCGACGUGCAUGGGGGGGCGGCCGUUUCUUACAGGUGGUUGGGCAUCGCCUCCUUCGGGGUCCCCGAGAAGCUGGGCUGCGCCAACUAGCGGCUGAACAGCCGGCAGAAGGACAAUUUACGUCUUAUUCUAGGCACCAAGGAAACAGCGUUUAUCUACGCGGUGAUGGCUGCAGGCCUGGUGCACGCGGUGACCAGGUCCUGCAGCGCAGGCAACAUGACGGAGUGCUCCUGUGACACCACCCUGCAGAACGGGGGCUCAGCCAGCGAAGGCUGGCACUGGGGGGGCUGCUCGGAUGACGUCCAGUACGGCAUGUGGGUCAGCAGAAAGUUCCUGGACUUCCCCAUCAGAAACACCACGGGCAGAGAAAGCAAAGUGCUGUUAGCGAUGAACCUUCAUAACAACGAAGCUGGAAGGCAGGCUGUGGCCAAGCUGAUGUCCGUGGACUGCCGCUGUCACGGCGUGUCCGGCUCCUGUGCGGUGAAAACAUGCUGGAAAACCAUGUCUUCAUUUGAGAAGAUUGGCCAUUUCCUGAAGGAUAAAUAUGAGCACAGUGUUCAAGUCUCAGACAAAAUAAAAAGGAAAAUGCGCAGGAGAGAAAAGGACCAGAGGAAAGUACCGAUCCGCAAGGAGGAUCUGCUCUACCUCCAUAAGUCUCCCAACUACUGCGUAGAGGAUAAGAACAUUGGGAUCCCGGGGACGCAGGGCAGAGAAUGCAACCGCACGUCGGAGGGCGCGGGUGGCUGCAACCUCCUCUGCUGUGGCCGAGGCUACAACACACACGUGGUCAGACACGUGGAGAGGUGCGAGUGCAAGUUCAUCUGGUGCUGCUACGUUCGCUGCAGGAGGUGUGAAAGCAUGACUGACGUCCACACCUGCAAGUAACCACUCCGUCCAGCCGUGGGCACCACGCCUCACUGACCACAGUGGAGUGGCAGGGCAAGUGAAGUCCACACUGGCCUUGAAACCCAAGAUCCUUGGACCCUCCCAGAGUUCCCUUUACCUGGUUGACGUCCAGUCACACACUGAGCAGGUGGAUUUGGGGGAAU